UGCUUUACUGAACUAAAGUGGCUGGCAUGUUGUUUUUGCUCUCACUUUUUUACCACCAAAAACCUGUCUCUUUUUUUUUUGUUUUCUUGAAAGAUUCUGACAUAAAGCUGUUUGAAACUUUGAGUGAGUGAGUGAGUGUAAGUUUUCUGUAAAAUGAAGCAGCAAAGCAUGAGGAAUUGUACCACUUUCCAAUGAUUCAAAUUUCUUGAUUUUUUUUUUUGUGUGUUUUGUGAAAAAAACAAAGUCCCAAAUUCUUCUUUCAUAAAAAAGAUCUCAUUUUUGCUCUUUGUUUUGCUGUUUCUUGGAGUUUUUAAGACCAAUGGAAACAAGAAGUAUGAAUGGUGUUUUUGGUUUUGUGGUGUUGUUGUGUUUCUUGGUUUACUCCAAUGCUAUGCUUACCCCUGGUGGUGUUAAUUAUGAAGUGCAAGCUUUAAUGGAGAUCAGGAACUCAUUACAUGAUCCACAUGGUGUUUUGAAUUGGGAUGAAAGUUCUGUUGAUCCAUGUAGCUGGAAUAUGAUCAGUUGUUCAAGUGAUAAAUUUGUCACUGGCUUGGCUGGUGCAAGCCAAAGUUUGUCUGGGAAAAUAUCACCAUACAUCCACAACUUGACUCACUUGGAGCUACUGCUUCUGCAGAGCAAUAAUAUAACAGGAUCAAUUCCAACUGAACUUGGAAUGCUUCAGAAACUUAGAACAAUUGAUCUUUCUGAUAAUCAACUCACUGGGAAAAUCCCUCCAUCUUUAGCUCAAUUGAAAAGCCUUCAAUACUUGAGACUAAACAACAAUAGUCUUAGUGGAGCUGUUCCUUUGGAAUUAUCCAAUAUGACUCAACUGACUCUUCUAGACUUGUCUUUUAACAAUCUGAGUGGUCCUGUGCCAAGGUUUCUGGCUAAAACAUUCAACAUUUUGGGCAAUCCCGUUAUAUGUGCAACUGGAAAAGAACCAGAAUGCAAUGGAACAACAACAUCCAUGCCUCUGCCCUUCACUUUGAACAACUCACAAAAUGCUCAGCCUUUUGGAAGGCCUAAAACUCACAAAAUUGCCUUAGCCUUUGGGACAAGUCUUGGAUGCAUCUGCCUACUAAUUAUUGGCUUUGGUUUCUUUCUGUGGUGUAGACAAAAUCACAACAAGCAAAUUUUCUUUGACAUCAAUGAACAACAUCAUGAACAAGUAUGCUUGGGAAACUUGAGAAGGUUCCAAUUUAGGGAACUGCAAGCUGCCACAAACAACUUCAGCAACAAGAAGAUACUGGGAAAAGGCGGUUUUGGAAACGUCUACAAAGGUUGUCUUAGUGAUGGCACAAUUGUUGCUGUAAAAAGGCUCAAAGACGGGAAUGCAAUCGGAGGAGACAAACAAUUCCAAACAGAAGUUGAAAUGAUCAGCUUGGCAGUGCAUCGCAAUCUCCUCCGUCUGUAUGGGUUCUCCAUGACACCAACUGAAAGGCUUCUGGUUUACCCUUACAUGUCUAAUGGAAGCGUUGCUUCUCGUCUCAAAGCCAAGCCACCGUUGGACUGGACUAUAAGAAAAAGAAUUGCAUUAGGAGCUGCAAGAGGUUUACUAUAUCUACAUGAGCAGUGUGAUCCAAAGAUUAUCCACAGGGAUGUGAAGGCUGCAAACAUAUUGCUCGACGAUGACUGCGAGGCUGUCGUGGGAGAUUUUGGAUUGGCAAAGCUAUUGGAUCAUCGCGAUUCACAUGUCACAACUGCAGUAAGGGGAACUGUAGGACAUAUAGCUCCUGAGUAUCUCUCUACAGGACAGUCCUCUGAUAAAACAGAUGUUUUCGGGUUUGGGAUUCUCCUGCUAGAGCUGAUAUCUGGCCAGAGAGCUCUUGAAUUUGGUAAAGCAGCAAAUCAGAAAGGCGCUAUGCUUGAUUGGGUAAAAAAGAUUCACCUGGAGAAAAAGCUUGACAUGCUGGUGAGCAAGGACUUAAAGGACAAAUAUGAUCGGAUCGAGCUCGAGGAAAUGGUUCAAGUAGCUCUCAUAUGCACUCAGUACCACCCUAGUCAUAGACCAAAAAUGUCAGAAGUGGUAAGAAUGCUCGAAGGAGACGGACUUGCAGAGAAAUGGGAAGCUUCUCAAAGAGCGGACUCUACCCGAUGCAGAGCUAAUGAGUUCUCCUCUUCAGAAAGAUAUUCUGAUCUUACUGACGAUUCUUCAUUGCUUGUCCAAGCAAUGGAACUAUCAGGGCCAAGGUGAUAUAUAGAUUAUAAAAGACAAUUAGAUGAAACAAAAAAGGGCAUCUGAGACAGAAUGCUCAAGUAAUAUCUGUAUGUUAUUGAACUUUUUUUUUUUUUACUUUUGAUAACUGAGAAGUCCUCGAGGGUCAAUGGCAGACGGUAACUCAGUGGAUCAUAGAAGAUGACACCGCUCUACUCUUUCUCCACUUAAAUACCAGACUUUUGUCUGCAGUAGAGUUCGAUUGAGCUUGUAUAUAUGAUCAUAUGGAAGCUGCAUAAAGGAAUGUGAUAUGUUCUGACUGUACAGGAACAAGAUUUAUGAGCAACUGACCUCCCCCAUCCACCCCCCCCCCCCUCUUUUUUUUCUUUUUUUCUUUUUCCUCUUCCUGUUUUGAGUGAGAAUUUUUCUGGGAUGUGGAAUUGUAACCUUGAGCUUGUAAGAAUAAUGUUGUUGAAAUUCAA